CUCGAUUUUAACUGUCAAAAAAUAUGAAAUUAUUUCACUGUCAAUAAAUAAAAGGUACUUUGUUGUGGCCCAAAAAUAGUGUGCAUCAGUCCGCUAGAAACUACUUUUUGCUGUUUAGCAAACUUGCUCAUAGACGCAAAAGUUUGUUCUAGCUUUGCAUGCAAUUAACUGUUAAACGACAAAUGCAGCUGAACCAAAACUGAACGUACAUUUAGUGUCUUUUACCUGCUCCAUUUAAAAUAAAGUAAUAGAACAAGUGAAGCGGUAAUUUGUGUUAUAAAUAACGAUUCGUUUAACCAAUCAAGGACAGAUUUGUCAUUAGUGAGCUUCUAAUCCACAACAGUUCUUUCCAUCACUAUAAAGUAAAAUGUGGUUUUUGUUGAUAUUUUCCUUCUUUGGUGCGUUAAUUUUUGGUUUAUUCUGCAUCGCACGUUUAUCCCGAGGAAUAACCAGAAGUAAUAGCUGCUUAAUAGGCAAAACUGCAAUUAUCACGGGUGCCAAUUCAGGACUCGGCUACCAAACUACACUGAAUUUGGCGGCAAGAGGAUGUCGAAUCAUAAUGGCAGACGUAGCAGAUAUGGAAAAAUCAAAACAGAAUGUAAUAAAAUUCACCAACAAUACCAACAUCCUAACGAAGAAAUUGGACCUAUCGUCACUACAAUCAGUCCGCGAAUUUGCCGCUGAUAUCAUAAAAACUGAAGAAAGACUCGACAUAUUAAUAAAUAACGCCGGAAUUGUGGGUUCUUUGGAAAACAGGACCAAAGAUGACCUCCACCCCGCGAUGCAAAUUAACUACUUCGGGCAUUUCCUCCUCACACAUUUAUUAAUAGAUUUAUUGAAAAAAUCCGCACCAAGCAGGAUCAUCUUCACGAGUUCGCUUCUGGCUUUUGUCAACAACUUAUCCCUCGACAAUUUUAAUUUUGACUGUUCGACGAGUCAAAUGAACAAGAUUUCUCGUGAAUGGUUAAUUUAUGGCAACAACAAACUGGCAGUCAUCAUCGCUUCAGAUAUUUUUGCCCAAAAACUGAAAGGGACAGAGGUCACUUCGAACUGCAUUCAUCCUGGAUUGGUUAAAACACCGAUAUUCACACGUACGCACACGGUUAUGGAAAAUUGUCUGCAUGAAAUGUUUUUCACUUGCUGCAACUUUUUUUUUGCCAAGGAUGCAUGGGAAGGCUCUCAAACCCUGGUACAUGUAGCAGUUUCCAAAAAAUUACAACGCGAAACUGGAAAGUAUUUUGUGGACUGUAAACCCUUCGUCAAACCUAGACUUGCAUAUGACCAGCAGUUUUGUCAAGAGAUCUGGAAGGCUAGCGAGAAAUAUGUGCGAUUAGAAGAACAUGAAAAACUCUGAGUACUUCAUUAUUAAAAAUCCUAUUCGAUAAUCUAAGACUGUCGAAUAUUUUCAUAAUAUAUUAUCAUUUAACUCUU